ACAAUACACUCAGUUGCGCGAGGGAGGCAGCGGGAGAAGGGUGGCGCUGCACUCGAGUCCUGAUUCGGUGCCUCGUUACGCGCGGGGAGGAGGUCGCUCGUGUGUUUUGACCGUGUUACGCCAAACUAACGGGGACCGAAAAUGCGUUAAGAAAACUACCCCGCUGGCGUUUUCGAUGCCUAGAUGGCGAGGGUGAUGACGCACUAAAUGAAGUCUUGUAAGAAGGACUUGUAGAUUUGACGUCCAUCUAACGUUUGUCCUGAUAGUGAAGCAAUCAACGGCAAGAUGUUGCUAAUGCUGCUGUUGUUUUGGUUGUACGGAGUGAGAAUAUCCUACGGCCAAGCGGGUUCGCCUUGGAACACAGAGGACAACGACUACUAUUACGAUCAGCUGGAACCCGAGAUGCUCCUGCCGAAAAUCGUUACGGAAAGUCAGGAGUUUUCGGCACAGCCUGGCGAGGAUAUUACCUUGCCUUGUGUUGUUGAUCGGGAGUGGCAUAGCCUGGUGUGGCGACGUGGUGGAAAUAUCCUGUGGGUGUUGCAAAACAACGAGGGAAACUUCCUGUUGCAGUCUGUCACGCGAGACGACCGCCUCGGCCGCAACGACACGUCCCUCACCAUCAAGAGCAUCGAAGCUACUGACGAAGGGACUUACACCUGCGAGCUCUCCGAGACCGUCCCUCCUCGGAAUGUCAGACACGUCCUCAAGGUCAGAGUGCCACCUACAGUGUUACCAGCAAAUGGGCGUAGAGUUAUGACAAUCAAAAUGGGCAGUACAGCUAAUCUCGGCUGCAACGCAACUGGUAACCCUGAACCUAACAUAACGUGGAGUACCGAGGGACGGCUGCUGAAAGUAGGGCAGAAUCUUACCAUAGUGAACGCAAAGCCUGAGGACAACGCGAAAUACAGGUGCACAGCGAGCAACGGCGUGGGUCGGCCCGCCUCCACGACCAUCACGUUGGAGGUCAUGCACCCGCCUGUAGUUCGAGCUCAGGAGACGGAAGUGUAUACAGGCGUAGGUCACGAAGCUACGUUAGCCUGCUUUGUCUACGCCGAGCCCCGUGCCCAGGUUAAGUGGUACAGGAAAGGGGGCACGCCAGUCGAUCCCAUGAGACUCAUGAGGACGGUCAACAAUUAUAAAAGAUAUUCACUACAAUUUGUUCGAGUGCAUUUAGAAGAUUUAGGAGAUUAUACUUGUAACGCCACGAAUUUUAUGGGUAAUAAUUCAGCUUCAGUGCGACUAUCUGCUAGACCGAAACCUGUUAGAUACGUGAGUCCUCAUCAGGGAGAUAUGGAAACCAACUAUACGCUCGUCUGGGAUGUUGAGUCCUAUGUUCCGGUUUUAGCAUAUGAGAUUGCUUAUAGAAAUGACACCGACGAGGAGGACCACUGGAUCACCUUCACGGUCCCCGGCACCACGUCGUCCUCCAAGUACCACUCGAUGAGUCACACUUUCACGGACCUCGAGCCUGGGUCAGCCUACCACGUCCGUGUUGUGGCGAGGAACGAGUACGGACGAGGGGAUGUCAACGAGUCUUUUGCUUUCACGACGUUAGAUUCUGCCGGCACAGACUAUCCCACAUACGUCCAAACGAGUGGGGAAGAGUCAGCUGAGGCAAGCAACCAAUUAGAAGAAAUAGUUUCAGAGGCGGAUGACGGCGUCGUUUCCCAAGAAAUCCAGAAGACGUCCGUAGCAGCCAGUGAAGCCUUAGUCAAUCAGACAAACCCAGAAGAUAUUACAAGAAACGAAGUAUCUGUUGCAGGACAAGCUGUGAUCCACGAUGACACUUCAGCUGCAAAUGAACUAAGUCCGAAGGAGAGAAAGAUGCAGCUGAUGGCCCUCGUGACAGCAAUCAGCUUGUCAUCUUUUUUCUGAUAAUUUGCUAUGAGGUGAAACAUGGGUUAAGUCAAGGUUGUGAGGAGAAUAGUCUUCAUUCCAGGCCUGGAUAUGUAUGUCGCUGGAGGCGGCUUUGAUCUGCCCUACGAGUAACAUCUUUCGCGGUGUCUUCGGGAACUAGAAAUGAAAUUAUGAUUAGACAUUUCCUUCCAUUCAUUGUAAAUUUAUAUGACGUCGUUGCAGACACACGCACACAUGCAUGCACACACACACAUACAUGCACACAUACAUAUACACACACACACACACACACAUAUACACAUACACACAUACAUACACACA